GCCAAAAAUUGCUGCGUCACAUGACUGAAAUACAUUUGGUUUGCAUUGGGAGAGUGUCUGAACCGGGCGAUAUGUGCAGUUAGAUUAAACGAUAACAGGUGUUCUUACAUAUAAUGCCUAUAUUACUUGCGAAGAGAGUCAUUUCCAUGUGUCGGAUCUGUCUGUUAACGUGAUUUCUCUGAACCAACUGUUGACGUUAUCAUUCGCUUUCCUCUCUAAACCGAGAGUCGCACAUGACGAACGCUCAAAACAUUUUAACAAUAUGGAUCGUUAAACUUACGAGGUCCCGCGGAGCGGUGAAUUGUGUCCCUUUGUUUCUCUUCUGGGGACUGUCUCUGGUCGCCGAGUCACUACAGCUGUACCGGAGGAUUGGCCUGCAGACACAGCCCAGUGUUUCCAACCCUGUCCAAGUCAUGCCUUUCCUCCGCUGGCUGUCCGUUGUACUGCAAUUUCUCCUCGCCUCAUUCGCUGACCACUCGGCUGUUGACUCGGACAGAUUUCCAAAAGGCCGUGGACCAGCUGAGCGGGCCUCUAUACCAAGCCUGCUCACGUUGUCAUGGAUGGACCGGAUGCUUUGGAAAGUUUACAAAACCGAAGUUCUUCUUGAGGAAGAUCUUCCAGAACUUGAAGAGAAGCAGCGUUCCUCCUUUGCGCACGAAGAGUUUAAACGGAAGUGGACUCAAGCACAAAGAAGAACAGAUAAAUCGAAAUUAGACUCGGCUCCUGGGAAGUUUUCUAUGAGAGGAGAGGAGGACGAUAAGGGAGAGCCGGACGAGAAGAGAAAGAAGGACGACAAGGGAGAAAAAGACAAGGGAGAGGAGACAGUUUCUGAGAGCCCUGCGGGCGAAGAAUCACAACGGUCGACAACGAAGGUGCCGAGUCUUCUGAGGGUUAUACUGAGGCUGUACGGUGUACGACUAAUUGUAUUUGAGGUUCUCAUCCUUGGCCUGGACCUAAGUACUUUUCUACAUCCGUUACUUACAGAGGCUCACAUAAAACACGUCCAGAACCGCAGUGAGGAGUCUGAGUGGCGAGGGUACAUGCUAGUGGCGGCUCUGUUGCUUCACUCGGUGAUGGAGACAGGUCUUCAGAGUUGGCUCAACCUAGGGCGCAACCGAAUGAUGGAUUCCGCCACUUCAGCAAUGCACAUGGCGUUGUUAAAGAAGACAUUGUCCAUAAAGCAGACAGGCAAAGGGUCCACAGGCACGGGAGACCUGAUCAACCUGAUGGAGAGCCACUCCCACAAAUUCCUUCGCUCAGGACACAACUUUUUCUCCAUCGCGAUAAUACCCCUAAAGGUGAUGCUGAGCCUUUACCUCCUGUACUUCCGGCUGGGUGUCGGAGCGUUUGCCGGACUGACAAUCAUGCUGCUACUCUUACCUGUCAACUCAUGGGUAGCAGCCCGCCUCCUAAAGAUACAUGGCCAGAGAACGGAGUUGAGGGACAAAAGAACUAAAGCACUCACUGAACUACUUAACGGCAUCAAGGCUAUCAAACUGUAUGCAUGGGAAGAACCAUUUAUCAAAAAAAUCAAGGACAUUUGGAACUCUGAAAUGGCACUGAAGAGCAAGAUUGCUAUAACGGAAAGCGGCCUGACAGUGAUCAGCCGCGCUGUACCUUUUCUGGUGCGUGUGUGUAGUUUUGCCCUGUUUAUCUACAUGAACGGGCAGCUCCAGCCGUCCACUGCCUUUGUGGCCAUCUCGCUCUUCCAAAAGCUAAACCGCCCCCUCAACGAUCUAGUGUUCACCCUGCCGUCCGUCACAGAGGGAAAGAUCGCCUACCGCAAGCUGCAAGACUUCCUCACCAAGGCAGACGCUGAGGAGUAUGUAGUGCAUAAAGAACUGUCAGACGAAGGUCCGGCCGCGGCUAUUGAGGAUGGGACCUUCACAUGGGAGGCUGGACGAUCCCAAGCCACUCUGACAGACGUGAACCUGUCUGUACCAGAGGGCGGUCUGGUCGCCAUUGUCGGGGCGGUCGGAGCCGGGAAGUCCUCUCUUCUCUCUGCCCUGCUCGGGGAGAUUGACAGACUCAGUGGCCACGUCUUGAUGAAGGGUCACACUGCCUAUGUAGCACAAGAAGCAUGGAUCCUCCGAGCGACUGUCAAAGAAAAUAUACUGUUUGGGUCUUCUGUGAGUCCAGAUAUGUACCAGCAGACGAUACGAGCGUGCGCCCUUACUCAUGACCUCAAACUGUUGGUGGACGGCGAGGACACACUGCUUGGAGAGAAAGGCGUGACACUGUCCGGUGGUCAGAAACAGCGCGUGUCCCUGGCACGUGCGGUGUACAGCCAGGCUGACACUUACCUGCUGGACGACCCGCUGAGUGCAGUGGACAGUUAUGUGGGCAAACACAUCUUCCAGAACGUCAUCGGCCCCGAGGGGAUGCUGAGAAACAAGACAACACAAGCGUCAAGUUGGAUGAAGACGAAGGAGGUUCUGGAUCUGAAGAGCAAAAUAGCAGAGCUCCCGAGCUCACUGCACUCCUCGUGCCCACAAUUGAUACGGCUGGACCCGAGACUGUAUUACGAAAAAGACGCACAGGACCCACUCAAGACUCCCAGAAAACUCCGGGGACUUCCUACAGCCGCCAAAAUAGUUUGACAGAAUAUCCAACGGAGACUGAAGGGCUGGAAGGUGAAGAGCCAGAAGAGAAUACCGGGAGUGAUAUUUCGUUGGAGGAAAAGAAAAAAUCAGGGAAAGAUUCCAAGAAGUCUAGCAAAUCUGGUAAAAAGGUUAUAUUUCGGAAAAACAGCACCCUAACGAGCCAGCUCUCAAGGGAUACUCACAGUCGUAUCUUCACUACUUUCAAAGAGACGACUGAGGGUGCUGUUUCUAUCCGGGCUUUUGGCUCUAAGCAAAAAGUCAUGAAUGAUAUGGCGUGUGCCUUGGAUGCUGACAGUCGCUUGGGCCAGACAAGAUCUAACUUGAACAUUUGGUACAAUCUGCGCCUGGCGUUUCUUUCCGAGCUAGUGGAGGCGUUGUCUCGUCUGCUCCUGCUCUGGGAUUUAAACAUGGCGGCAGGGUUAACUGGUGCAGUGCUGGGUUAUGGUACCGAUGCCAUGUAUUGUGUUCGCCGCUUCGUUCGCAUCAUGUCACAGCAGGAGUCCCACAUGGUGGCAACGGAAUGCUUGGAGGAAUACUCCACCACAGCCACUGAGGCGCCGUGGUACGUCGAUGACGGAGUCUCCUUGGUAGACUGGACCCAGAGCCAGGACAUAUCGCUUGACUGUCUGACCACCCGAUACAAAGAAGGGCUGCCACUGGUUCUGCGGGGAUUGUCUUGCACCAUUCAGCCUGGAGAGAAGAUUGGAGUCGUAGGAAGAACAGGCGCAGGCAAGUCAUCUCUAGCUCUGGCUCUGUUCCGCAUCAUUGAGGCUGCGAGCGGUCAGAUCAAAGUGUCAGAGCAGGAUACGAGAAGCCUAGGACUACAUGACCUACGCAGGAACCUGACAAUUCUCCCUCAGGACCCUGUCGUGUUCGCGGGAACCUUACGUGCGAACCUUGACCCUUUUGGGGAGAAAUCGUCGGAGGAGCUGUGGGACGCUCUAGAACACGCCCACCUCAAGUCUUUUGUGGAGAGUUUGCCCGAUAGUCUAGAUUAUGACUGUGGGGACUCGGGGAAACAUCUCAGCGUUGGCCAACGCCAGUUGGUAUGUCUAGCCAGGUGCCUGUUACGUCAUAGCCGAUUCCUGGUGCUGGACGAAGCCACGGCGGCAGUGGACACAGAGACAGACCAGCUGAUCCAGGCCACGCUGAGGUCAGAGUUCAACCAGUGCACGGUCAUCUCGAUAGCACAUAGGCUGGACACAGUGCUCGACUACGACAGAGUGAUGGUGCUUGACCAGGGUAAAAUUGCAGAGUUCGACGCUCCCAGCAAGCUGUUGGCUCGGCCAGAUUCCAUGUUCUUCCAGCUCGCUAAGGACGCCAAGCUCGUAUGAGGAUGAAGAUUGUUUAAUGUUGUCAUUAUUUAUUAUAAUAUGCUUACUAGGCCAUUCUUCACGCCAUUCCGCAUACCGUGUUUCUUUCGUUUUAAUAUGAGAAACUGUCUAUAAAAUACGAGAUAUUACUAUUUAUACAUUGUAUGAAUUAUUUAUACUUCUACUUCUUCAGAGGGCUCUUUGCAUUUUCAUGCUUGUGGUUAGCAAACAAUGUUAAGUGAUUAUGUGAUUUUUAUAAUUAGAUUUAGUCUUACAAUGGUUCUAUGAUUACUAUAGCAACUAGUGCAAUAUAUCAAAAUAUCAUGUAUGUAUUCAUUUGGUUUCUAUUCAGGGCAACACUGGGAAAUAAGGAUCAAAAUUUAAACCGUGCCAGAGAUGACACUCAAAAAUCGAAAAA